GGCAAUACUCACCUGAGACAGAGCGCGCGCACGCGUGCGUUGCAUAUUGUUUGUAUCUCCAUUCACUCACACUGUGACGCCGCGCUGAACGUGGAAGUUGUGUGCGAUGUUGUAAACUUUUGUUUUUUUUUUCGUAUACGGACGACCACUUGCUUCUUUGCCCACCGUUUACCUGCAAGAGUUAUAACUUUGGUUUUAAACUGUGAUCUUAUUUGUUAAACUACAAAAUAUACGUUUGAAGUAGAAGAAAACUUGUAAGUUUUAGCGUCUAGUGAAAUCUCUGUCGAGUGAGGUCCAGAUGUUAGAGCAAGCGGCAAUAACCUCGUUUUGUGUCAACAAAUAAUAAUAAACAGUGAUCGGGACAACUAACACUGUGCGUUCCGAACAAAAAGUGAUGAAUUAAAAGAUGUUCUAAACUGGAAAGCCUGGACGAGAAUGGGUUUCGUUCGCUUGUAUUGGAACGUGAAUAUUGUUACGACCUCACCUACAUAACAUUUAUGGUAACAAUAAUCUUCGAGAAUGACGUGGACGGUAUACAAAGUAGCUGCAUUAAUACUGCUCAGUGCACUCAGCAAAGGAGAACUGCCAGAAGAUGACUUCAGGAUAAUCAAUAGACAAGAUCUGCUGACUUCGGAACACAGCGACUCAUUCGAGGACAGUACCACCGGGUCGUUUUCGCAACUGCUGUUCGAUGUAGCAAGGGACCAGGUUAUCGUGGGCGCAAGGGACGCUCUCUACCGACUAUCAUUGCGUGGCCUAGGCGUUCUAGAACGCGCGGACUGGCUAGCAUCCUCAGAGAAGGUGAAGUUGUGCCAAGUGAAGGGUCAGACGGAAGAUGACUGUAGGAAUUACAUCAAAGUGCUACUGCUGCAUGGACAUAAGCUGUUCGCUUGUGGAACUCACGCGUUUAGUCCUGUUUGCAGUUGGAGAGAGAUCGAGUCAAUAAGAACAGUGACAGAAUGGGUGACGGGCGUCGCGAAUUGCCCGUACAACCCUCACUCCAACGUGACUGCUAUUCUGGCCAGUAAUGGAGAAUACUAUGCUGGUACCCCCACAGACUUCGCUAGCUCCGACACGGCUAUAUGCAGGAGCCAAGGCGCAGCGGCCCACGACUCUGGGAUGCUUCGCACCACACAAUAUGACCUGAACUGGUUGAACGAGCCCCAGUUUGUGGGCAGCUUCGAAGAUGAUAGCUUCGUGUAUUUCGUCUUUAGAGAGGUGGCUGUGGAGUUCAUGAAUUGUGGGAAGAUAAUCUACUCGCGUAUUGCUCGUGUCUGCAAGAACGACCCCGGCGGCUACUUAGUAAUGAAGGAGAGUUGGAGCACGUUCCUAAAAGCGAGGCUCAAGUGUUCGGUGCCAGGAGAUGUGCCCUUCCACUAUGACGAGGUUCAGAGCGUGGAGUAUCUGCCUCAGGAGAAGAUACUGGUUGCUACCUUUACUACACCCGUGAACAGUAUAGUAGGAAGUGCAGUAUGUAUCUACAGCAUGUCAGAUAUCCACGCAGCGUUCGAAGGGCCUUACAAGGUGCAAGACAGACCUUCAUCCACUUGGGAACCGCGGUCGCCGUCCAAGCAAGCUAGAGACCACUUCAAAUGUGUUCCUGACUCCAGACUGAACGAAGCAAUAGAGUACCACCGGUACCAUUUGAUGUACGAAUCCGUACAACCCGUCUCUGGCGAGCCCGCUUUCAAAGUGACCUCAGAACGGUUCACCCACGUCACCGUCGAUGUUACCAGCGCUAAAAACAUUGACAAACAACUCGUUCUUUACGUGGCAACACAGGAAGGAAAUGUCUUGAAGUUGGCAGUACUGCCGAAGUUAGAUGGAGCCUGCUUGGUGGAAAGGUGGAAACUUAAUAGUAGGAAUAGCAGCUUUGAUGUCUUGACUAUGCAGUUUGUGAAGGAUACUAUGUCAGUAUACAUAGGUGGCAGGGCCGGCGUGUUCCGUAUAUCGGGGGCCCGCUGCUCCCGUUACACGGGCCGCUCGGGCUGCGUAUUAGCCGGGGACCCACACUGCGGGUGGGAUGAUGCAAGGGAGCAAUGCGUACCUGCGAGCGGGAGAAUAGGGGACCCACAGUUUAAGCAGUCUACGGGGGCUUGUGCUGCUGUUGAUUCACCAGUUGACGGCGGCUGGUCACACUGGUCGGAAUGGGAGCCGUGCAUGCAGGAUGGAACUUCACAAUCUCUGUAUGCAGACAACAAACCUGAUAUGUGUGUGUGUCGAACACGACGAUGUGACAACCCGAGACCGGCUUAUGGUGGACAGCCUUGUGAAGGCGCCAGUAUAUCAGUAACGAACUGCACAGUCCACGGCGGUUGGUCAAGUUGGUCGGGCUGGUCGAAGUGCUCAGCAUCGUGCGGCAUCGCCAUCAAGUCCCGUCGCCGCACGUGUUCCGCCCCCGAGCCCAAGUUCGGGGGCCGAGUGUGUGUGGGGCUGGAUAUUGAUGAUGUCUACUGUAAUUUGCCGCCUUGCCCCGACCCAACUCUUGCGGCAGUCGACGGAGGCUGGUCAGACUGGGGCGCGUGGUCUCCAUGCACCAGUGCCGGUGGGCCUGGCUGCGGCCCCUCGGGCGGCUGGAAGGAACGGCGGCGUGAGUGCAACAACCCCUCGCCUAAGAACGGGGGUGCCGAGUGUGAGGGGUCAAGUGUUGAGAAGACACCUUGUGAUAUGGCUCCCUGUGAGGUCCGGAAAGCUACGGCGUGGACUCCUUGGGUACAAAUACCUGGAAAUGGAUCAGAUGGCAGCUAUACUGAAAAGAGAUUCAAGUUUCAAUGCAGGGCUCCAUCACCUGAGCAGUUGAAGUUAUCAUUAGUACGCGAGGACGAGCGCUACUGUACAGCCCGGGGCCGCUGCAGCAGCGAGCGGGCCCCCGAAGACGAAGCCGGCUGGGAGGCGUGGGGCCCGUGGCAGCCGUGCUCGGCGCCGUGCGGGGCGGGGCAGCAGGCGCGGCGGCGGCGCUGCGUGCGGCACCCGUGCCGGGGGCCCAGCGAGAUGCUGCGGGCCUGUAACACGCAUGCUUGUACUGGUGAAUGGUCAUGCUGGAGCGAGUGGAGCGAGUGCAGCGGCUCGUGCAGUGACGGCACAUUGUCGGCGGCCGGGCACCGCACUCGCACGCGCCUGUGCGUGUCGCCGGAGGGCUGCGCUGACGCCGGCGCCGCGUUAGAGCGACGCGUCUGUGUUAAUAAUUGUGCUGACUCGGAAGCAGGGUGGGGUGAGUGGGGCGCAUGGAGCCCGUGCGCGGGCGGCGAACGAGUGCGCAAGCGAGCCUGCCUCUCCGGGGCCUGUCUGGGAGCACAACUACAGGUCGCCCGCUGCGGCGGAGACCAACAGGAUCUCGAUAAUGAACUGUACGCGAUGCCGGCUUACAGUCAAAAUGUGGAAAUGGCAUCCUUCGUAACUAUGGCUGGAAAUGAAACUCUCAGCCUAGGUAGCAUCAUAGGCUGUGUGGUCGCUGCCUUUGUCAUGGGUUGUCUAGUCUGUCUUGCUGGUGUAAUAUUCUGCCAGCGCCGAGGGACCCGCAUGCCGUGGAACAAACAGAACAGAGUGCCAUCCAGCCCGCACUAUAUCACAGCUAAACAGAAUAGCUACGUCACUGUCCCUUUAAAAGAAGUUCCACGCAAAGCGAAACGCCAGCCAUCCUUCACUGGCAUCGGCGGUACCAGUGGGAUCCUUCUCUCCAAAAGCAACAACAUUUCCAACGCGAAUAACCAUAAUAACGCGACGACUACCCCCAAGCUAUACCCUAAGGCCAUAGCCAAUGAGUACGACUCACUAGGAACAUUGCGAAGACAUUCUAACCAGCCGAAUAAUAAGAAUAAUCUGGAUAUCGAGGAAGAUAAGUUUUAUUGAAGAAUUUUGAAGGUAUGUCUUACCUA